AUGGUGGAAGAACGAGACAAGCUCCCCGGUGGUGCGCGGCGUCCGCCUGGUGAUGCAGGUGAGGUUAGGAAAGUCCUUCGCGAGGAAGCCCAUUUUUAUUUGGCUUUGUCGGCAUAUGUCAUCUCUCUCAUACCAGCGGCUCUGUGCAUUGGUAAGCUUCGGAACCCUCCACAUCUUCACCGUACUGACAGUCACGCCAUCCACCCUGUUUCGAGUCCCUUCCGCAUUGGGUACGAAGAAACGAUAACUGAUGAUACGAAGCGUAGACAUAGGUGA